AUGUCCGCCGAUUCGGAGACUUCGCCUCUCUUGUCGCCGGCCGACGUUCGAUCCUCAAAUAUGGACACAUCAUCUGCCAAUUCAACCCACGAGACAACUCCGCUCCUCUCCAGCCCCGCCGCCGGCGGCCGCUACGAUGGCGACGCAGACGCCGCGUCCAUUUCGCCUUCUCUUGCGUCGCAGGCGACGUCAACGAAGCGCUCACGUCCGCGAUGGCCAUCAAUAAUCGCCAUGGCAAUCUUGGCCAUGCUCGCCGUUAUAAUCAUUUUUGUCGCGUUCUUCGUCCCUGCUGCGGUCGAACAGUACGCCAAGGAGGCCGCUGUCCUUGAGCCUACGAGCUUGUCUCUGGAAAGCAUCACUUCGGACGGUGUGAGGGCAAGGAUUCAGGCCAACUUUCGCCUAGACGGUUCACGUGUCAAAGAAGACGGCACCCGUAGGAUCGGACGGCUUGCCACAUGGGCGGUCCGGAAGCUAGGGACUGACGAGACCAAGGUCCAGGUGUUCCUGCCCGAGUUCGAUGGCAUGCUGCUCGGCACUGCGGCAAUUCCGCCGCUCGUGCUUGACCUUGUGGAUGGACACAGCAACGCUGUUGACUUUGUCGCCGACUUGGUUCCCGGCGAUGCCGACGGUAUCCGCAUGCUCGCCAACCAGUGGUUGCGUGGCAAGCUCGAGACGGUGCGGUUCCGUGGCAAGGCGGAUCUGCGUCUCAAUUCUGGCUUCCUCCCUCUCGGCUCGCAUACUGUUACCGAGUCGCUCGUGAUCGAAGCGAACAAACUUCCUCAAGUUCCCCAGUACAACAUUACGAAACUCACGUUCCAGGAUAUUGAUUUUCCGGCCCGGGGCACGCGCGGCAUUGCUGCAGAUGUGGCUUUGAAUGCUUUCAACAGCUUUCCAUUCCAGUUCGACAUUCCGGAGCUCGGAUUUGAGGUCAUGGUCCCCAACUGUGCUCAGUCAGAUCCUUACAUUCUUGUUGCCGCCGCCACCACCCGAACUGUUCACGUUAAGCCAAAGUCAGAGGUUAUCGUCGAGGGCCGCGGAGUUGUCGAGACCCUGCCAGAAGCUCUGACAGCAGCCUGUCCCGACUCCAACUCGUCACCCCUGGACCAUUUGCUUGAUGACUUCCUCAGUGGUGACACUCCGACGGUGUACGUGCGUGGUGCGCAGAAGCCUCUCCCAAGCACGCCCGGAUGGAUUGCCGAGAUUUUAUCUAGUGUAACGGUGCCAGUCCCAUUCCCGACUUCUGGGUUUGACAGCCUGAUUCGGGAGUUUGCUCUCAACGACGUCCACUUCAGCCUGCCAGACACGGACGACCCAGACUCUAACCCCAAAGUAUCCGGAACUAUUCUUGUUUCAGCUGCUCUCCCGUCGGAGAUGAACUUUGAGGUCAACGUGACCAAGAUCCGUGCCAACGCCGACGUAUUUUUCCGUAACAGGAAGCUUGGUGAACUCAAUGUCGACGAGUGGCAACCGGCCAAUUCAACCCAAGAGCCGGCCACCGACAAGCGCGAGGCCAGACUGCAAAUUCAGUCGCGCAUCGUCGACGCGCCGCUCAACGUGACAGACGAUAAUGUCUUGACCGAUGUCAUCCAGAGGCUGUUUAUGGGAGGCAGUCCGGUGCAACUUGAUGUCAAGGCCGCCGUGGCGGUUCAGGUGCACACUGCCUUGGGAGACCUUACGCUCAAGGACAUUCCUGCCGAGGGCAAGAUCCCUGUAAAACCGUUGCCAAAGGGCACAUUUGGCAAAUUGAAGCCCAAGAUCGGCCAGCUUCAGAUUACGGACACGACAUACUCUUCAGUUUCGAUAGACGCACUCGUCAACAUCACCAACCCAACGCCCUACACGGCGAACAUCCCAUUUAUCACGGUUCACGUUGUCAGCAAUGGUUCAAUCGUGGGUGAGGCUACUGCAGAGAACCUUGUUGUCGGACUGGGAGAGAACAAUAUGCUCGCGGUCAAGGUCAAGUGGGCGCCCUCGCACGGCGGCGACAAGGCAGCUGUUGAUGGCCGCAACCUCAUCUCGGGAUUUCUCUCGGGAUAUAACACGACCAUCACACUGCGCGCGCAUGAGGGCAGCAUUCCUGGGCAGCCCAAACUCGGUCGUGCGCUUUCCCGGAUUGAUCUUAAUGUCUCGGCACCUCAUUUGACAUUGCCUCCAAAAGAGGGUGGUGGGGAUUCUGAUGAAGAUGAAAAGCAACAGCGCUUCAUCCGGGAGGCUACGUUCCACGUCUUCUCGUCAACCGCUUCAUUUACGCUGUUCUCGCCACUCCAGAACAAUCUCUUGUACAUUGAGCGCAUCAACGCGACGGCCUACUACAAUCAUACGGAUCCGGUGGGGACGAUUCGGCAUGACCUACCUUUUGUAGUUGAGCCGGGUGAGUCUGUUACUCCCCGGCUGCCUGUUGAAUGGCGGCUAGGCUCGGACGGUUACGACAAGAUCCGGAGCGCGCUGGGCGGCAGCCUCAGACUUGAUGCCAGAGCGGUCGUCGACGUUAGGCUUGGGAACUGGAGGGAGGAAGUUUGGUAUGUUGGGCGGGGUAUCGGGGCAAAUAUCAGGGUAUAA